AUGAGAAUUCCUACCCCUCCAAAGAAAAUUAUGUGCCCCGCCACAGCGAUAGUGGAAUUUUAAGGAACGUUCCCGCGCUUGCUGGUGAAAUUUUUGUUUUAGACAUCAUUGGGCGCAAAGAUUGCUUCUCAUUUGCGCAUUAUAGAUUUUGAUACCCCCCUCUUAUUUUCGUUCUAACAUAGAAUACAUUCAUCGACAACCCGCCCUUCAAAAUGUCGACAGAUAAUAAGCCCGUCCAGCAAGAAGCUGUCGCCGAGUCGCAGUUCCAGAAGCCCGGCGACUUGGUGGAGAGAGACGAUGAUACUGGUGUUAUGCAGGUCGAGAGUCUGUGCAUGAACUGCCAUGAGAACGGUACCACACGGCUUCUCCUCCUCCGGGUGCCUUUCUUCCGUGACAUUAUUCUCGAGUCUUUCGAAUGCGAUCAUUGCCACUUCAAAGACAACUCCGUCAAGUCCGCCGGUCAAAUCCAAGAGAAGGGAACGAAGUACACACUUACUGUUCAGAAUGAGGACGAUCUCCAGCGCCAGGUCAUCCGCAGCGACGUCUCAGUCUUCAAGGUGGAGUCUUUGGGAAUCGAGAUGCCCAAGGGUGAGAGUCAAUUGACAACCGUGGAGGGUGUCAUUCAGAAGAUUCACGAGUCCCUGGCUAGCGAGCAACCACUGCGCAAGGAACAGGCACCUGAACUGCACGAUGCGCUUGUGCCGAUCAUCGAUAACCUUCAGAAGAUUCUCAACCGAGAGGGCUUCCCCUUCACUGUCUCCCUGGAUGACCUGACUGGUAACUCAUGGAUUGCGCCUACCGUCAACGACAGCGGAAACAACUACUAUAAGCGUCGCGACUAUCCCCGUACACACGAGCAGAAUGAAGAGCUUGGAAUUGCUUCGGACCCCAACGCACUGCAGAAUGAGGGAGUCGCAGAGGUUGACGACUCUGAGAUUGUCGAUGGACAGGUCUAUAGUCUUCCUACCGAAUGUCCUGGCUGCACGAAGCCCGGCUUCGUCAACAUGAAGAAGGUCAACAUCCCUUACUUUAAGGAGGUUAUCAUCUGGAGCACUUCUUGCGAGCACUGCGGAUACCGUACCAGUGAAGUCAAGACUGGUGGUGAAGUCCCCGAAAAGGGUAAGCGCAUCACCCUCAAGAUCGAAAAUGAAGUCGACCUUUCGCGUGAUAUCCUCAAGUCCGACACCUGCGCUCUUCACAGUGAUGAGCUGGAGGUCACUGUCCAACCUGGUACCUUAGGUGGACGUUUCACUACGGUCGAGGGCCUUCUUACCGAGAUCCGCGACCAGCUGCACGGGCAGAUCUUCGACGUCGACGACGCGAGCGGUGCUGGUGGAGAUAGUAUGGCCGGCAGCGAUAAAGAAAAGUGGACCCGCUUCUUCUCGCGCCUCGACUCUGCAAUCAGCGGAGAGAUGAAAUUCGGUAUCACCCUCGAAGAUCCCAUGGCCAACAGUUACGUCCAGGAUCUGUGUGCCCCGGCUGUCGAUCCCCAGAUCAGCACCGAGGAAUACACUCGUACUGAAGAAGAGGAGGAAGAGCUGGGUCUUAAGGACAUGAAGGUCGAAGGCUAUGAGGAAGAUGCGGAGAAGGAGGACGAGAAUGCCGAGCAGAAGUCAUGAUCUAUCUACAUAAAGCGAUUGUCUUAUGACUAUUUUCUGCCGUUUUUUUUUUCCCUUCCUGAUGAUCUUCGUUUCCUCACGAUGUGCAUGAUUUCUUUCUUCUUUUUCCCAUUCCCGUUCAUAUUUUUCUAUGCAUGCAUGCGUAGUUGUCGUGCGAGUCAACUAUGUCCUAUUUUGCGCUCUAGAUAUCCUAUGAAGUUGAGGUUUGUUUACAUGGUGGAGUGUCGGGGGUGUUGAUUCAGUAUGUGCCUUUUGGAGUAUAUUUAUGAUUGGCCUGGGUGGUAUAUAAAAGUUUAGGAGAUGAUGCUGAUGACAUGUUCCAAUGAAAUAUAAAUCUCAUUUCAAGCUAUUUAAA